ACCAUCGACACGUCACCAGUGUUGUUGUGAAGAUGGAGGAGCUCCACCAGCACCACGCGCACCACCACCAUCAUCAUCAUCACUUCUCCAUGUGUUCCUGCGACUUCAUCAGGUUACUGUGGUCCCUGGUGGUUCCCUGUGCCUACCUGAGCCUCCUGCUGACCCUGGUCCUCCUGCUGCUGGUGCUCGGGGUCCGCGUGUGGCUGCGGGGCCGCCGCACGGCCCGCCGGGCUCAGGCAGGCAGCAGCGGCCCCGCGGUGGCGUUCUUCCACCCGUACUGCAGCGCCGGAGGAGGCGGGGAGCGGGUCCUGUGGUGCUCCCUGAGGGCCCUCAUGCACCGAUACCCGAGCGUCUCCUUCGUGGUCUACACGGGCGACCAGGGCGUGACCGGCGAGCAGAUUCUAGACGGAGCGCGGCAGCGUUUCAACGUCACGCUGCCUCGACCGGUGACCUUCGUCUUCCUGCAUCACCGCACGCUGGUGGAGGCCACUUCCUACCCGCACUUCACGCUGCUGGGCCAGAGCAUCGGCUCCAUGUUCCUCGGCUGGGAGGCUCUGACAGCCUUUGCCCCCGACCUGUACGUGGACUCGAUGGGCUACGCCUUCACCCUGCCCAUCUUCCGCUACUUGGGAGGCUGCAAGGUGGCGAGCUACGUCCACUAUCCCACCAUCAGCACCGACAUGUUGUCUGUGGUCAGAGAGAGGAACCCCAGGUUCAACAACGCCGACUUCAUCUCCAGGAACCCCGUGCUGAGCGCGCUGAAGGUGGUGUACUACUGCUGCUUCGCGCUGCUGUUCGGCCUGGCCGGGUCCUGCAGCGACAUCAUCAUGGUGAACUCCACCUGGACGCUGGGACACAUCCUGGCUCUGUGGCGCUCGCCGAGCCGCACCAGCAUCGUCUACCCGCCCUGCGACGUCAGGGCUUUCCUGGACAUCCCGUUGGAGGACGAGGAGGAUGGGACGGAGGAGGAUGAGACGGGGGAGGGCUGGGAAGAGCUCGGGAGUGAAGAGGGAGGAGGAGGAGGAGGAGGAGAGAGGAAGUGCCACACCGUGGUGUCGGUGGGUCAGUUCAGGCCGGAGAAAGACCACCGGCUGCAGAUUCAGGCGUUCAGCAAGCUGCUGGACAGGAGAGGGGAGGGGCCCGGAGGGCGGGAGUCGCUGCGGCUGGUGCUGAUCGGCGGAUGCCGGAACCAGGAGGACGAGGAGAGAGUGCUGAUGCUGCGGGGGCUCUGCCAGGAGCUGGGUGUGUCGGACCGGGUCGACUUCAAGCUGAACGUCCCGUUCGAGGAGCUGAAGAGGGAGCUGGUGGGCGCCACCGUCGGCCUGCACACCAUGUGGAACGAGCACUUUGGGAUAGGCGUGGUGGAGUGCAUGGCCGCGGGCACCGUCGUCCUCGCGCACAAGUCCGGCGGACCGAAGAUGGACAUCGUGGUGCCGUACGAGGGUGGACCGACGGGCUUCCUGGCCGACAGCGAGGACGGCUACGCCGCCGCCAUGGAGACCAUCCUGGCGUUGUCGCCCGCAGCCAGACUGGAGAUCCGACGGAACGCCCGGCGCUCCGUGGAGCGGUUCUCCGACCAGGAGUUCCAGGCGUGUUUCCUCGCCGCCAUGGAGCCUCUGACGUGUGAACUGGAGCGAUGACGGGCUGAAGCAGACGAGGCCGCUGACCGACCAGCUCCUCCUCCGAGGAUCACGAACAGACCAGAGCUUCCCGUCACUGUCAUGGCGUCUCAUUCCCAAGGAAAAAUGAACAGGAAAAGGACGUUGACAUUGUAAGGACGUGUCUCUGCUGGACAACUAGAGUGAAAACUGUCCCACUGCGAUGAAUUAGCAAAAACUUCGAGUGUCAAACUCAUGUGAGUGAAAGUCCUCAGGUGUUUUCACUGGAAACAAGACGAUCAAAGAGAAACAUGGAGGAGCAACAACAUCAACCUCCAAACUGAUAGAAUUUAAUCACCUACUUAAAGAACCCCCGACAGUCACGUUUUAAAGUAUAUAUAAAGAAUCUGCUAUGCCUAAUAUUUUGUUUAACAUUGUUUACCUCUGAAAUGUGUCUGGAAACCAUGGAAUCUCUCUCCCUCAUCGAGGAAUUCUGAGACUAUGAAUAUUUUAGCGGACAGAGACAGAAGAAAAACACUUUUUUGAGUAGAGGGGGACUUAAUGGGUCAUGAAAAUUAGUUUGACGUUUCCUGGCUUGACUGUUGAAUUUAAUCUGAAGGGAUUCUAAAUUUUGUUUUUCUCUUGAAGACUUACAAACCUUGUUGCUGGGUGACGGAGAAAUCUCUCUUAUUUAUUUAGAUGUUGUUUGACUUCCUGCAUUCCUGUUUGUGAUGGAAAUACAAUAACGUGUAAAAAUAAAAGAAAUUGAAAUCA